AUGUCCCGCGAGAUGCUGUUUUGCUCUCUUUUUAAGAGAUCGCAGCUCGCAUCGUCUCGCCAGCGCCGGCGCGACUCGAAAUUGCCUCUCAUGGAUCUCUCAUCGCUUGAGGGACCUCCCCUCGCUGAUCCUGAUCCGAGGGUUAUCGUUCCUGUUGAUAAUAUAUUCCCUCGUAUUCAGCAGGAACCCCCAACACCGGAAAGUCCGAGUCAUUAUCACAGGUAUCACAACCUCUAUACAAAACCAUUACCACCUCGACCUGCCUCGGCCGACCCUCUGGACCUGCGACAAUUACGAAACCCAGUAUCAAAUAACCGUAUGACUAGCUCUCACACCGAUCCGUCCCUGAGUGACAGCCAUCUGCGACGCAUGCCAGCACAAAGAGGCCGGAGGAGCUAUUCCAAUGAGUUGCGGCCGGGCGACGGCAUCGCCGCCGCAGACCCAGUACGAGAUGCCCGUUCCCGAUCACCUCCCGUGAAUCCAUAUCUAAAUACUGAGUUCCGAGUGCCCAGACGGCCUCGAAGUGCGCCUCUCGUCUGGUCUGAAGAGGAGGAGCUGUGGGUAGUCACUGAGGGCUCUGCAUCGUCACAGCGGCCUCCCACCCGGCAUAGUCGGCCACCCCGACUCGAAACUCAUUUGAGUGAGCCGUCUCUGCGCAGUGAGGAUCCUGUUGAUGAGGACUUGGAUCAUGAUGCACUCUCGCCGCCGCCUUCGUAUGAUAGUCAUGGCUUCAGUCAUACUCACGUGGUUCGACAGCAACGUGGAGGGGCCGAGUCACGAUGGGGCGCCGUUGCGCGACGUUUGCAUGAUUUGUCGAAUGGGUGA